AUUUGACAAAUCAAAGUUCGUCCCUCUCUUGGAAAUAUUGCACGGGAGCGAAAAGGGAGCGCUUUGGUUUUGCGCACCGCAGCAGCACAUAAAAACACUCUGAUGCUAUUUGAAAGUUAAAGAGUGAAGUGGAUUCAGUGGAUUUCAGAGAUACGGGGGAAUUAAAAGUUGGAGCAACAAAAGAAAGUGUUUUUGAAGAAGAAACUUUCAGUUGGGACUGCGAUAUACACUCUCAAGCCUGCGAAGGCUGUAUCGCAAGAGUUAACAAAGUUAUCUGAGAUUGUCAAUCAACAGUCUUCGCAUGAAUCUACUAGAUCCCUACCCGAAGAUGACAGAUGAGCAAGAGAAGUGUCUGUCUGAUGCCCCCAGUCCGAGCAUGUCCGAGGACUCGGCGGGGUCCCCGUGCCCGUCCGGUUCGGGCUCCGACACAGAGAACACCCGUCCGGCUGAAAACAACCUCAUGGCUCCGGACGGGCCACUUGGCGAGUUCAAGAAAGAUGAAGAGGACAAGUUCCCGAUUUGCAUCCGCGAGGCGGUUUCUCAAGUGUUGAAGGGCUACGACUGGACCCUCGUGCCUAUGCCGGUGAGAGUGAAUGGUUCAAGUAAAAACAAGCCGCACGUGAAAAGACCGAUGAACGCGUUUAUGGUUUGGGCACAGGCUGCGCGCAGAAAACUGGCUGAUCAAUACCCGCACCUCCACAACGCGGAACUCAGCAAAACUCUUGGCAAACUUUGGAGAUUACUAAACGAAGGUGAAAAGCGCCCUUUCGUGGAAGAGGCUGAGCGCCUCAGGGUUCAGCACAAGAAAGAUCACCCCGAUUACAAAUAUCAACCCCGCCGGAGGAAGUCUGUCAAGAACGGGCAGAAUGAGUCCGAGGACGGUACCGAGCAGACGCACAUUUCUCCAAACGCGAUCUUCAAAGCGCUUCAGCAAGCAGACUCGCCCGCCUCCAGCAUGGGAGAAGUGCAUUCACCCAGUGAGCUCUCAGGUCAGUCUCAAGGGCCGCCCACUCCCCCCACCACCCCUAAAACUGAUGUGCAGCCAGGCAAAGUGGAUUUGAAGCGUGAAGCCCGACCGCUCCAGGAAGGCACAGGACGGCAGCUCAAUAUCGACUUCCGUGACGUGGACAUUGGAGAACUGAGCAGCGAUGUCAUCUCACACAUCGAGACAUUUGACGUCAAUGAGUUUGACCAGUACCUGCCACCAAACGGCCAUGCAGGCGUGACAGUCACCAAUACAUCUUACCCGGGUGGCUACAGCAUCGGUGCCCCUGUCAAUCAAGCAGCAGGGGGCAACGGUGGUCACAGCUGGAUGGGGAAGACCCAGAGCGGGAGCCCCCAAAAUGGGCAGCAGCACACCCUGACCCCACUGGGGACCGGCAGCUCCAGGGAACAGGACCAGCCGAGAACAACGCACAUCAAGACGGAACAGCUGAGCCCCAGCCACUACAGUGAUCAGCAGGGUUCCCCACAGCAUGUCAGCUACGGCUCCUUCAACGUCCAGCACCUUCAGCACUACAGCACUUCGUUCCCAUCCAUUACCCGUGCUCAGUACGACUACUCUGACCACCAGGGUGGCGCCACCUCCUAUUACAGCCAUGCAGGGGGUCAAAGCUCCGGCCUCUAUUCCACCUUUAGCUACAUGAGCUCCAGCCAGAGGCCUAUGUAUACCCCCAUCGCUGACUCUACAGGUGUGCCCUCAAUCCCCCCGUCAAAUCACAGUCCCCAGCAUUGGGACCAGCAGCCUGUCUACACGCAACUCUCAAGACCCUGAGGAAAUCGACAUACAUUCCUUCACAAGCACACGCAAAUAUCCACCAACAAACCAAGAUAACUGUAUGAGAAAACUGUAUGGGCUUGUACAGUAGAAAGACUCAUUAUACAUAUGUCAUCAUUCCAUUCAAUUCAAACACACACUUGAAUUUUUCCACAGAGAAGAUAAAAUAUUGAGAAAGAAAGAAAGCUGGACUUCAAAAACAAAAAUAAUUUAGCUUAAAACGGCUCCCAAUGUGCCUUUUUUAAUCGCCGGAAUCGUGAUUAGAGUAAAUAUUUUUAGCCUUGAUUGCAAGAAAAGAUAAACAUUUCUGAGAAAUUAAUCCUCUGUGAGGACUUGAUUAUUGAUACAUUAAUAUGUACUGUGUAUGUUUACUUAACAUGUUCUUUUUUGUUUCUGGCGGUCAUGAGAGGCCUUCUGUGUUUCUUGUAGAAAAGUCUAUUUUUACUAAACCACUCUCAGUAGUACAGCCUUGAUUUUCUCACAGCGUGUUUCAUUAACAAUAACAGUGUCUUACCUUCUGUUCUUUCUAGUCCUCAUGCAGUGCAUUUUAUAUUCUAGUAUGAUUUUGUUCCCUUUCCUAUUUAUGUUCCUGUAAAAUACCAUCCCUGUUCACAGAACUUGUUGCUUUUUAAUAGGUAUUACCAGCUUGUGUAAUGUUGUAUGCUUGUCUUUUUUUCCCCUUAAAUCAGUGCCUGUCAAAUGUUGGAAGUGAAUGGGCGUUAGAUUUAAAGCGGGAAUAUCGACGUGGCAGCUGCAGCUGUGAAUUUAGUGAGUGUCUAACAGCAUGUGUCACAGCUCCAGGAAGUGCCCUAUGACCUCUGCUUGUCAUUAGGUACUGCAGUCAGGCCAGUGUCAUCUUACAGUCCCAUUCCAGCCUUCCGUUUUGUAUCCCAUCUUAACCCCUUUAAUUUAUUUAUUAGUAUUAAUUUUAUUUCAAAGAAAUUAUUUGCAUUUUAUUCUUUAAUACUUUAUACAAAAAUAAUUGUUAUUUUGCCUCUGAAUAUGGUGACUAUAAUCCAACAGGCCAUUUAGAUUUAAAUUCUGUAUUCAUCGUGUUUAUUUAUCGUAUGUAGAUUUUUCUAUUUUAAAUGUUUAUUUGUCCUUAUUUCUAACCAGUUGUGUAAUUAUGCACAAACGUACUGUUGCAAUUUAAAAAAAAGCUGAUUAAACUGGAAGAGUAGUCUUUCUAUUUGAAAGUUUUACGAUGCUCUAUUCAAAGUCGUAGUUGUUUGUUAGUUCUUUGCUUAUUGAUUUUUCCCUCUUAAAUGUGUGCUGUACUCCAUGUCAGUAAUCUCAGUACUGAUAUUGAUAUCUUUGAUAUCGUCUUUUUUUACAAAAACUGAACAAAUUCUUGUUUUUAAAAAGUUUAACAUUUUACUGCCUUUGAAGAAGCUCGUAUUUUGUAUUAUAUUUGCAAUAAAAGCAAGAAUAAAACUUAAA